AUGAAUGGCCGAGUUCCUCCUACGAAACGGUCGAGGUGUGGUAUGAGUCAGGAGGGGAUGCGGACUCUCGACUCGUUCUUCACCAAGAAACCGGAGGGGGUAGUGUCGGAUCGUCAUGUCCCCCCUGAGAGUAAAGACACUGUUCAUACCAUUGACAUUGAAGAGAGUCAACCUAGUACUGUUUCUGAGGAGUAUAGAGAGAGUAACUUGAGGAGAGCUCUGACGUGCGAAGGGAAUAAAAACAACAAUGAUCGAGUAUUAAAGCCAAAGAUUCCCCUCCGGCCCAAGUCCUCAGCGGGCCGACCUCCUUCUCACAGCAGCUUGGGAGGGCCUUUAGCCCAACGAGCAAGACCGACAUCUUCGGCGGACUUGGUCUAUGAAACUGACUCGAAUAUCUCGGAGGGACCAGGAAAUGCCAUUGGAGGUGUCUCCACUGUUAUGAGAAUAAUUAAAUACUAUGAAGCCCUUUCCCAGUCAGCGGCCACCAUUUCCCAUCACCCAACGGUUCCGAGUAUGAUUUUUUGGGGACCUCCUGGAUGCGGCAAGACGACUUUAGCACAGCUUUUAUGUCGAUCGUUGACUCAGUCUGGCCUCCCAUGGCGCCAUACGAAGCUCAGCGCUGUCAAUGCUGGAGUCAACGAUGUAGGUCUGGAGAUUCCCAAGGCUGAGUCGAUGGAAGGGAAGGUUACAAUAUCAGGCACACUACUAUUCCUCGACGAGAUCCACCGCUUCAAUAAAGCUCAGCAAGACGCCCUGCUUCCUCACGUAGAGAGCGGCACUCUGACGUUGAUUGGUGCCACCACGGAGAAUCCUAGCUUUCAGUGCAACAGAGCUCUCGUCUCUCGCUGUCAAGUAAUUAAAUUUUCAUCACUGACCAGUGACUCUAUUGGAAGAAUAUUACGCAGAGCACUGACAAGCUACUACCCGCAAGUAGCAGUGGACGAGUCGACCGGAGAUCUGCUGAGAAUUCUGGCGGAAUUUGGUAUGGGCGACGUCAGAGCCUCGCUGAAUGCGCUAGAGCUGGCCUGUGAUCUGGCCAUGAUGGGUCCUCGCUGUGGGGAGGCAGCCUCCUCUGGUCUUCGACGAGAACACAUUGAAGAGGCUAUGGCGACCUCUUCUUCCGGAAGGCACAGACUGCUGGGCUAUGACAAGAACGGCGACAUCCAUUACGAUCUCGCCAGUGCAUUGCAGAAGUCCAUAAGAGGCUCUGAUAAAGAUGCCGCAGCGUAUUGGACGACCAGAAUGUUGCUGGGUGGGGAGCCUCCUGAGUACGUUUCACGGCGGUUGAUGAGAAUAGCCAGUGAAGACGUUGGUCUAGCCGAUCCACAGGCGUUGCAGCUAGCGGCUGCAGCUCACACUGUGACCAUGUCCACUGGGAUGCCCGAGUGCUCUACAGCUCUGCUGGAGGUAGCCCUUUACCUGUGCGAUGCUCCUAAGAGCAAUGCUGUGUAUGUGGCGUACAAGAACGCAUCGAAGGCCAUUGAAAAGGCUACGACUGAUUCAGAAGUGCCACUGCAUUUACGGAACGCUCCGACAGGGCUGAUGAAGGAGCUGGGGUAUGGCCGCGAUUAUAUCUACACUAACGAGCCACGACCGACGCAACCAGGGGAACUCGCACCCGAGCAGACGUGGGUGGAUGCUAGUAUCUUCCCUUUCCAAAGGCUCCUGUCAGAUAUCUUCCAGCAGGCUUGCAGAGAGGCGAUAUAUUUCCAGAAGAAUUCUAUGACCGGCGUGGUGACCGGACAAAUGUGUCUAUUGAGAAGUGACUAUGAUAUCGAUGUAUUGUGUUUUCUAGUGAUGACGGUGUCCGUCCCGUUGAAAAUAUAUGCCUUUGAUUAUGAGGGCAUGAACGCUUCGGCCUCACGUUAA